AUGUUCUGGAUCGAGGGUCUCAUGCCAAAGCUGGACCCAGAGGAGAUGAAGCAGAAGAUGCAUGAGGACGUGAUCUCUUCCAUACGGAACUUCCUCAUCUACAUGGCCCCAUUGCGAGUCACUCCAUUUAUCUUAAAGAAAUUGGACAGCAUAUGA